AUGCACCAGGUACUUCAUCCGGGCGUUCGUGCGAACUGCACGAUUGCCGUGGUCCCGCUGGGCAGCCAAGAUCGCUUUGAGUGUGUCGUACAGCGCCGCUGCCGGUACGUACCCCAGCGGAUCGGCAGCACGCGCGAAGGUCUCCUCUUUGUUAUGAGUGCGACCCAUGCCGCCGCCGACGAGAAUAUUGGCACCUUCCAGUUGACCCUGCGCAUCACAAAAAACGACGAUUCCAAUGUCGUGUGUGUAGAUGUCGAUAGAAUUAUCCCCGGGAACAGUGACACCAACUUUGAACUUGCGCGGAAGGUACAGCUUUCCGUAAAGCGGCUCGACGGAAUCCUGCAGAACCUGACCACGCCCGUUAUCCUCCGUCAUGAGUCGUCGAACUUCGUCCAUGUCCAGCUCCUUCUUCCAGUACUCGAUGCUGGCGGCAAGCUCCCCAUCGAGCCACAGAUCCGCAAACGCGUGCGACUGAAUCGCGAACAGCUCUGCCACCAUUCUGGCAACGUGUCGUGCCUGCGCAUACGCGGCAUCGACGAAGGGCGCCGGCGGCGCGAUGACGUUGCGCGAGCAGUCGCCGCUCGCACCAUACAGCCCGCCGCCCGCUCGCACGAUGCUCUGGACGACGGUUUUCAGAUUGGAUUUAUGGAUGCCGUGGAUUUGGAACGAAGAGCGCGUCGUGAGCCGCAGCGUCUUGUUCCCAUAGGUUUCACUGAUGUCGUCGAGUGUCGUAUACAGCGAAGGCGGACACUCGCCGGCGGGCAUUUUCAGACGGAGCAUGAACUGGUAUUUCUUGAGCUCCCCGCGAACACGUUGAUCUCGGUUAUCUUGGAGAUAUCCGCCAUGGAACUUGAUAAGUCCGAUGCAGUCAUCGGAGAUGAAGAUCUGGUCGUUGCCCAGUUCUUCCAUUAA